AUCUUGGCUCGGCGGGCACAGCGUUCGUUUCAUCGGUUCGGCUCGCUUCAUCGCUUUGCAGAACGCUCUGAUAAAUAAGAACACUUAAGUAAAGGAGCGCUAAGCGAGUCAUUAAAAGGCUCCCGUCUCAGCUCUCUCUCUCUCUCAUUGGCACUCCGAAUGAACAGCAUUAAGGAAAGUAUUUUCCUAAAAAAUAUUUUAAAUUGUGAAGGUGAAUGCUUUUUAACGAAGGCCGUAGCCAUGCGGGUUUGCAGACGGAGUGGACUGCGAUAAAAAUAAAAGUUCAUCUGCUCAUCUUCGACAGCCUAAAGACACGAAGAGAUUUAUGCACACUUAUUCACGCGCCGUAUUUACUUUUUUCCUUCACAUACUGGACACGAUCCACGCGUUAACGUUAUGCUACGGUAACGGUGGCCUCUGUGAUAGCGACUGCACGACGGGUUCCUCAAGCCGCGCUCCCUGACUGACGUGAUUACGGACCAUUCAAUGCCAGGACCUGUGGUAGGAGGCAAGCCGGGUCAAGGCAGGUAAUGUCAACAUAAUAGCCCGAAAAUCCUUCCAGCAAAUAAAGCGGCGUGAAGGACGGCAAGUGGGAAACUUUAAGACCAAUAACUGAAAAAAAAGAAAACUAGCAGCGAAGUUCACACGAGCGCAUUUUGUCAGCUUACUAGGAUUAUCUGCGAAUGCGGAUACGUUUAGCUUCCAGGACCUUGGUUGUCAGGUGACGGGAAGUUCGGCGGCAGCAACAGGAGCCUCGAAACUCUGGAUUUCGCACUCAGGUACGCUGUGGUAACCUGCUAUGGGGGACAUGAAGACACCCGAUUUUGAUGAUUUAUUGGCAGCUUUCGACAUUCCUGACAUUGAUGCCAAAGAGGCCAUACAGUCAAAUCCUGAUGAACCUGAUUCUGGACAUGCAAAUAAACAAGGGACAAGCCAUGGGGUGGUUCUUCCUCAUGCAUCUGGUCAUGAAGAACAUUCUAACAUACUACCUUUAGAUCCACCUGUGGUAAGCGUGAUUGUAAAGAAUAGGGUGCGGCAAGAAAGUUUUAGUGAGCAGGACUCUGAUACCGACAGAACUGAACGAGAGAGUAGCAUCAGCAGGUUGGCGGCAGUUGCAUCUCCAGUAACUUCAGGCCCAUCCAAUCCUGCUGUUGCUUUAGUGGAUUCAGCCACCAGCUUAAUGCAGAAUGGGUAUGGAACUUCCUCGUCAACUGUUGCUGAAUCCUUAAAAUCUCCAGAUCUAUGCCUUCCACAGCGAGAUAUGCAGACAUCGUCAAAUGGAGAGCUGUGGUCUCCACACUCACCUAAAACAUCUCCAGAAAUUUCUUCAGACUCUGGUGGCAGUAAAUCUCUGAAUAUAUUUUCUAGGCUCAGACCCCUUGUAACAAGUCCAAGCCUUUCAGAGUCUAGAGCAACCCUGCGAGAGCGCAAAUCCUUGCAGAAACGACAGCACAGUCAAGAGGAGAAUAAAAAGGAUGCGGUGCCUGACAUAACUGAGGUUUCUUGUGAUGUGUCAGAUCCUGCAUGUGAUAGAAACCCUUUCUUUACUUCGUCUUCUCCCAAAAGUGCUUCUUUGUCACUUACACAAUUAAAUUUAGAAGCACCAAAUGUAAGCAGUGGUGCAUAUAGUCCUCCAAGUCCUGUAUCACCAGCUUCUGCUUUCCCAGCACCUUCCCUUUUCAGCACAAGUCAGAAGAUUCCUCAAGGCCAGGGUUCCAUGGCUUCCCCAGGGUUGGACUCUGAAGAUUCAGAUCCUGAUAUUGGAAGCCCCUUAAUUAUCCAAGAAAGUCCAGAGUCUCCUUCAGCCAAUGUGCAAAAGUCCAAUAACCUUAGUCCACUUCCUUUAGGACAGAUGACUCCUGAGCCUCAGGAAUGUGAGGAACCACAUUAUCCUGAAUCAACUGCACUUCCUUCAUCCUGGUCCCCUUCACAGGCUAAGCCAGUAGGGGAGGGCCUCAACAGCCAGAAGAAAAGUCCAGAUCAUAUUGUGGAAGAGAGAGAUUCUCCACAGAGCCCUGAACCUGAAGCUCUCUCAGCACCUAAAAGUAACAAACCUGAGACUGCUAAUGUUAGUUCCAGUAAUCCACCACUCAUUUUUCCUGCCUGCAACAGCCCCAGAUCAAUCAAAGAGGAAGCAACAAUGCCUAAAAUAUCCUCUAUUGAGUCCCCCCAAAUUAAGGAUAGUCCAGAAAGCCCAAUAGAAGAAGAAGGAGAUGGUCAGAGAGGGAAUAUCAGCAGAGGAGGAAGCUGUAGAAACAGCAACAGUGGAGGAGGCAGUGGCAGCAGCAAUGCUGGUUCCCCAUUAUCCACCUCUUCUCGACCAUUAAAAGUUCGGAUUAAAACCAUUAAGACAUCCACUGGAGGGAUUACAAGAACCAUAACCCAUGUGGCCUCUGCUCAGUCAGCACUGGCCUCUGAAGGCCAAAAGGUCAUGUCGGAGCCAGAACCAAUAAAAACAGAGAGAACAGAAGUGCCAGUAUAUGAGGAUGUGUUGAGCAAAUCUGCAGAAUCUUCUAAGAAAAAAAUUGAACAGGCUUCCAAAAUUGUCAGUCUUCAACUUGGAAAUGGUACUCGCAUCAAGGGCACUAUUCUUCCAGUAUCCACCAUUGAAGAUGCCAGCACAGCAAUGUUGAUGGCUGCCAGCAAGGUUCAGAAUAACAUGGUAACUAUGGGAAUGACAGCUGAAAAAAGCAAGCGGGUGGUGUCUCCUGUAGGUAAAACCUCCACUUCCCAUACAGUAGCCAAAGUGACUACGACUGCAGUUGCAGUGACACGUCCUGCCUUAAGCUUGGCUACUCAGAAAGUAGUUAAUGGUGGAGCUACCAUCCUUCAGGCUUCAAAGCCUGCAUCAAUAGUGAACAGCAGUGGGGCAGUCAUUUCUCGCAGCCAAUCUAGUUUGGUGGAAGCUUUCAAUAAAAUUUUAAAUAGUAAAAAUCUUUUGCCAAGCUAUAGGCCAGACCUUAGUCCACCUGCAGAAUGGAGCCUAGGACUUCCCCCAACGGGCUACCGUUGCCUAGAGUGUGGUGAUUCAUUUGCUCUGGAGAAAAGUCUGGCGCGACAUUAUGACCGACGCAGCAUGAGGAUAGAAGUAACUUGCAAUCAUUGUGCGAAGCGGCUUGUUUUCUUCAACAAAUGUAGCUUGCUUUUACAUGCUCGCGAACAUAAGGAUCGAGGAUUGGUUAUGCAGUGCUCCCACCUAGUGAUGAAGCCUGUGUCUCUGGAGCAGAUGAUUGGACAACAGGAUGUGAUUCCUGUGGGCUCACUUACAACUACCCCUGUUGGUUUGUCAGUGGGAGUGCUUGGGACUGCUACUGCUACCAGUGGUGGGCUGUCUGCUGGAACUCAUGAAGGUGGGACUAAGACCCUAAUUUCAACUACAGUGAAGAAAAAUCUAGAUGUUCAGCAUCCUGCGCUUCCACUUAUCUUAAAAAAAGGAGAAUUUCUACAAUACCAUAAUUUGAAGUGCCCUGAAUGUAUGAAGCAGUUCAAAAGUAAACUAGAGCUGAUUUCUCACUUUCAAGAAGUGAAGCUGGAGUCAGGCAUGAGCUGUGCACAGUGCUCCCCGGCUUUGAUCCUCCCGAAUCCAUGUAGUGCUGCUGCCCAUACACGAAUGCACAAGCACCAGUCUCCUCACGUUUGCCCAGAGUGUGGUGGAAUUUCCAGAGCGACUAGCUUCCAGACCCAUCUCAAGGAUGCCUGCUUACACUUUUCAAGACGUGUUGGUUAUAAAUGUUCCAGCUGUCACGUUAUAUUUGGUGGCCUCAACUCCAUUAAAUCGCACAUUCAGACUGCACAUUGUGAAGUGUUUUAUAAGUGUCCCACAUGUCCCAUGGCUUUCAAGUCUGCAUCUGGUGCUCUGACACACAUUAAUACACAGCAUCCUGGUCUCAGCAGCCCACAACCAAAGAUGAUAUAUAAAUGUGUGAUGUGUGAUACUGUAUUCACUCACAAACCCUUGCUGCACACCCAUUUUGAUACACAUCUUGCAAAACAGAAGGUCCCUGUAUUCAAAUGUCCAGAUUGUACAAAGCUUUAUGCACAGAAGACAUCACUAAUGGAACAUGUAAAGAGCACUCAUCGUAGUCCUGUUAAUAAAGGGGACCCCCCAACUCCAUCCCAAACAUCUGCUUCUGUGCCACAAACCAAGGGGUCCAAGGAAAGUCGAUCUAACAUGAAUGAUGAUUUGCGGGACUCCAGUUCUUUUGGUGAAGAAGAUGAGGAUGAUGAGGAAGAGGUCUCCAGUUCCCCUGAAACCCGUCGUUAUAAGAUGUCCAAACGUCACAGCAAUACCAACAGAAGUAAAAAUAGCUCAGGCCGAGCUGCUAUGUCAGAAUGGACAUGUCGUAAAUGUCAUGCUUGGUUUCCAGAGAGAGAUGAAUAUAUUUCUCACAUGAAGAAGGAACAUGGCCAGGUAAGUUGAGCAUUCAGUGAUACAUGUCUUAUCAGCGGAAUUUUCCAUCCAUCCAUUAUCCAACCCGCUAUAUCCUAACUACAGGGUCACGGGUCCAACU